AUGAAGCCAUCCAUUCUCUUCCCGAUUCUUGCGAGCCUUACUAUGGCUAGCGCAGCCCAAGAGGGCGCUGCCGCAAUUUCAUAUCCAAACACAAAAGAAGAAAUUCUCGGUCAACUUCAAGAGAAGGCCAAGCUCGCAUUCGACCAGGGAAUCUUCGCUACUCCUCAAUACAACAUCGAGUGCGAGAUUGCCGAAAAAUCCAAUAUUAUCGACUGUGACGCGGACAAGCCUACAGACCCACUCCGGAAUAACCUUGAGACUCUCUGCCAGCAGUACGACUGUGGACGCUGCUCGGAGCUUCGCCGUGAACGCUUUGGUGGCAACACUUAUCGGAAUAGUUUUUCGUGCGAAAUCAGCCCCCGAGCUUCCAACUAA